AUGGGAACAGACAGCUAUCGUCUUCCAGCGCUGAGCGCCGACAAUAUCUGUCAAUUUAUCGUGUCUCUGGAUCUCCCCACUCCUACCUCAGUUGAACCUCUCAAAGUCACUGCGGCAUUUCAUUCUAUCUAUCUAGUCCAUUUCGCAGCACCCACCCCGAUCCAUACAUUAGAUGGCUCUGUGCUUCCAGUCAAUGCAGACGGCUCAGUGACUCUGGUCCUACGCGUCUCGGGCCAUCGACUUCCCACCAUCAAAACUCGUAAUGAAGUCGGUGUCAUGACAUGGAUCCGUCAGAAUACUAGCAUUCCCAUCCCCGCCAUCAUUCGCUACGAUUCCACCGAUGACAAUAUCAUCCGUCAUGAAUUUACUCUCCUCGAAAAGGUUCCCGGGAAGAGUAUCGAUCAGGUUUAUGAUACGUUGUCAAUAGAAGUCCGUACUAAAAUGGUCCAUCAAUUGACAGACUACCUGAUCGAGCUUCAUGCACACCCUUGGGAUAGUUAUGUUGGCGGGUUGACCCUCUUGGAUGGAGAGAUCACCCAAGGCCCUCCAAUUGAUGAGAAUUUCUGGGAGGCCCCUGAUCUAGAGAAAUACUGGGCGGGAUCCGAGUCCCUUGAGUUGUUGAACCCUAUUCCUUCUCAGGGUUUCGAUAGCUUUGUGGCCUUCACCGUCACCUGUCUCGAUCGCUAUAUCUACGCCAUGGAAAAGCAUCCGUCACUUGAAUCUUAUAGAGAUAUGAUUCCCAGAAUUCAAGCCUUUUCGUCAGCUAUUCAGGAACAUGCUGAAGAGUUGAACCAGGUCGUCUAUGUUCUCGCACAUCGAGAUCUCCACUUUGCAAAUAUUAUGUGUGACCCGGAUCAGCCCGACUGUCCUAUCACUGCUGUUCUGGACUGGGAGUUCAGCAGUGUAGUACCCGCACCUCGCUGGAAUCCCCCUUGUGCCUUUUUAUGGAAUAUGAAAUCGACUCCAGAGGACAAAGAGGAGCAGACUCGUAUGGAAAAGCUCUUUGAGUCCGUCGUUCGCGAAAAGGGAGCGGAGAAGAUCCUUGAGGAGAUGGAGUUGAAUCCACUUCAAGAGUCCAUGCAGACUGCGGUGAAUCAUAUUCGUGCCAUUGUGGAGGUCUGUCCCCGCGGCCAGGCUCAAGACCGAGUGGCCCACUGGCGUGGGGUGGCCGAGUCGGCGAUGGAGUCUUUUGGAGUCUAG